GGUGUGUAGAGUGAUACUUCAGGACAGUCGGGACUAUACAGUCCAUGGUCGGGACGAGUCGUUGUAACUUGUAGCUAUCAGUUCCACAUUAAAGGCAGUGAGUUGAGUUCCUGUUAAAGGUUUCCUGUUAGUUGCAGCUUGAACAGCUGGGGAGGAUGACAGUAGUGAACCUAUCCUUUGCUGCAUGCGGUUUCGUGGGGAUCUACCACCUGGGUGCUGUGGGGGCUUUUCUCCGCCAUGGGGACAAGCUGCUGUGCUCCCUCAGGGCCUGUGCAGGGGCCUCAGCAGGGGCCCUUGUGGCAGCAGUCAUGAUCACGGCCCCUCACAAACUAGAGCACUGUAAAGAAUUCACAUACAGCUUUGCAGACAGUGUGAGACGACAGAAGUUCGGAGCCGUCACACCUGGAUACGACUUCAUGCUCGCACUGCGGGAGGGGAUGGAGGAGAUUCUACCCAGAGAUGCUCACAGUCUGGCCACUGACCGUGUCUACAUCUCUAUAACACACUCCAAGAGCGGCAAGAACCACCUGGUAUCCAGGUUUACCUCCAGAGAGGAUCUCAUAAAGGCUCUCUUAGCCAGCAGUUUUGUGCCGGUCUACGCUGGACUCAAGCCUGUGGAGUUCAGAGGAGAGAAAUGGAUCGAUGGAGGUUUCACAGACAGCCUGCCAGUCCCCCCAGUGGGUCGAACCAUCACCGUUUCCCCCUUUGCCGGGCUGCAGGAUGUGUGUCCGGUCCACAUGGGGCGCUUUAGGACCCAACUCAAGCUGGCCAACAUGAACGUUAUGUUCUCCAUGGAGAACAUCAAACGUCUGAACCAGGCUUUGUUCCCUCCAUCCGCUGCUUACAUGCAUUCAUUAUAUGAGGAGGGCUUCGACGACGCAGUGAGGUUCCUGAAGAGAGAGUCCUGGAUGAGCUGAGUCACAUGCACACAUGAAGGAAACAUCAUGUUCACAAUGAACUGUUAUUUAUUAACUGCCUCUUUAGCUUUUCAAAGUAAAAUACCAAUAAUGUCAAGUGUUUGCAUGCAGUGACUUCAAACACGUUGAUCCAUCCUCUGUGUGAACUUUGUUUGCUAAAAUCCUUUUUCUGGGAUCAAGCACUGUGUAUAUGAAUAAAGCCGAGCAUGAAAGAGUAUCAUUGAGAGCUUCAGCUAGAUAAGUACUAUCACACACACACACACACACACACACCUCUGCUGUAUGUCACAGCAGCUGUAUAUGAUGAGA